UUUACAUUGAUGUUUGAACAUUCACACGCCAAGCCGCUAGUCAGUUUCCACACAAAUUUCAGAAAGUGUGCACGUACCUAACUCUUGUGUGUGUUAUCAUAUAAAUUGUGUAAAUUUGUGUUGUGUCGCAUGUGUGGAUUGUUACGGCAUGGUGCAUCCAUACCAAAGCUUUCAGGUAUAACACUAAUGUGUGUGGUGCGAGGAUGCGCGAGGAGGAGCUGGAGGUGGCCCUCAAGGUGGUGAUCGUCGGAGAUGGGGGCGUCGGCAAGUCCAGCAUGAUCCAGCGCUACUGCCGCGGCACCUUCACCAGGGACUACAAGAAGACAAUAGGCGUUGACUUUCUGGAACGACAGAUUGAGAUUGACGGGGAAGAAGUACGGUUGAUGCUAUGGGACACAGCGGGUCAGGAAGAGUUCGAUGCGAUUACAAAGGCGUACUACCGCGGCGCGCAUGCCUGCGUUCUAGCAUUUUCUACCACUGACAGAGAUUCCUUUUUAGCACUGCAUUCAUGGAAACUUAAGGUGGAAAAUGAAUGCGGAGAGAUACCCACGAUAAUCGUACAAAACAAAAUUGAUCUAAUGGAUCAGUGUGUUGUUGGACCCGACGAAGCGGAGCUGGUGGCGCGCGCGCUCGGCUGCCGGCUGAUGCGCGCGUCGGUGAAGGAGGACGUGAACGUCGGCGCCGUGUUCCGCGCGCUCGCGGCGCGCUGCCUCGCCGACAUGCGCCGGGAGCACGCCGCCGACGUCACCGCGCACGCCGUCGCGCCUGUUAUAGGAACUUUCACAAACCACAACAGCAACGGAACGAUCUUACUGCGUCCAGUGAAACAUCGACACGGCGGCAAAAAGAAAAAUGUUUUUAAAAAUGCUUGUCGGAUACUGUGAUCUUAUUGUUUUUAAAAAAGAUAAAUUGUUUACUUUAGAAAAAAACAUGGGCAUUUCAAAACUUGUUGCGUAUCAGUUUUUUGAGUUACGGCCAAUAUAUUUUAGACUUUAUACUUAAGGAAUAAGGUGCCUUUCGUGUAUAUAAAGUUAUGUAAGUAGCCAUGUAUAGAUAUUUAAUGUGCAAUUUUUGUUGUUUUGUCGUUCUCUUACGCUUGAUUGUUUUUAGUAACUUUUUUGCCUUUAAAAAUACAUUUUAAAUUUUAUCCCUUUAUAAAAAGUGAUUUAUAAUUUUAAAACGCUAUAAAUAUUCCAUGAUGGAUAUUUAUUUUCAUAAAUAUAAUUUUUUUCUUAUAUCUUAGUACUCUUACAAAUUUUAAUACCAUAACAGGUACGUAUUACCUAAAAAUACUCAUAAGUCUCUCUUAUUACUAUGUAAAUAUUGUAAUCUUAUAUUGUAACAAUAAAUUAUUUUUAAACAUC